AUGAGUCGCUCUGGAUUCAUCCAAUCAGCGGCGAGGCGUUUAAUUUGUCGUCUAAUCAGCGGCGAGGUGCUUAAUUCGUCGUCCAAUCAGACUAAACGGACAGGACCUCAGAGAACAGUAUAUUCCCGUCCCAACGGUGUUUACAUCUCUCGUCAGGACCACGUGUUCAUUGACUGCCGGUCAGCUGAUCUGCACCCCUCUCCUCCCUACACCCCUCCAUCUCCCCUACACCCCGUGUCUGUGUAUGAUGACCAGCUAAAACCAGAGUUAAACCCAUUAAACCAGAUAGGAAGGCGGGCACAAGGAAGCGGGGUCAGAGCAAUCAAGGAGGCAGAGCUAUCAAGAGAAAACAAACCAACAGACAAAGUACCACAACAACACAACACCACCCAGACCCCCCACCCAGACCCUUCACCCAGACCCCCACCCAGACCCUCACCCAGACCCCCACUCAGACCCCCACCCAGACCCCCACCCAGACCCCCACUCAGACCCCACUCAGACCCCCACCCAGACCCCUCACCCAGACCCCCCACCCAGACCCUCACCCAGACCCCUACCCAGACCCUCCACCCAGACCUCACAGACACUCCCCACCAGACCCCACCCAGACCCCACCCAGACCCUCCACCCAGACCCCCACCCAGACCCCCCACCCAGACCCCCACCCAGACCCCCCACCCAGACCCCCACCCAGACCCCCACUCAGACCCUCAACAGACCCCCACAUCCACCCAGACCCCCACCCAGACCCCCCACUCAGACCCCCACCCAGACCCCACCCAGACCCUCACCAGACCCCCCACCCAGACCCUCACCCAGACCCCCACUCAGACCCCCACACCCAGACCCCCACCAGACCCCUCACCCAGACCCUCACCCAGACCCCCACCAGACCCCCACCCAGACCCCCACCCAGACCCCCCACUCCAGACCCUUCCACCCAGACCCCCACCCAGACCCCCACACCCACCCCACCCAGACCCCCACCCAGACCCCACCCAGACCCCCCCCACCCAGACCCCCCCACCCAGACCCUUCACCCAGACCACCCAGACCCUUCACCCAGACCCCCACCCAGACCCCCACCCAGACCCUUCCACCCAGACCCCCACCCAGACCCCCCACCCAGACCCCCCACUCCAGACCCCCCACCCAGACCCUCACCCAGACCCCCCACUCAGACCCCCCACCCAGACCCCACCAGACCCCCACCCAGACCCCACCCAGACCUCACCAGACCCCCACCCAGACCUCACCCAGACCCCCACUCAGACCCCACCCAGACCCCCCACCCAGACCCCCACCCAGACCCCCACCCAGACCCCUCACCCAGACCCCCCACUCCAGACCCCACCCAGACCCCACCCAGACCCCUCACCAGACCCUCACCCAGACCCCCACCAGACUCACCCAGACCCCUCACCCAGACCCCCACCCAGACCCCCACCCAGACCCCACCCAGACCCCCACUCAGACCCCCACCCAGACCCCACCCAGACCCCUCACCAGACCCCCACCCAGACCCCCCACCAGACCCCCACCCAGACCUCACCCAGACCCCACUCAGACCCCCACCCAGACCCCCUCACCCAGACCUCACCUAGACCCCCAUCCAGACCACCUAGACCCCUCACCCAGGAGGAGAGGUGGAAUGAAAAGGAGCAGGAAGGGGAGAAGGAGGAGUAG